AUUCUAUUCAUGCUCUUUAAUUAAUUAAAUAUGUAUAGAUAAAUUUAUGAAUUAUUUCGUCAAAUAUAAGUACUAAGUCUUCCACUAGCUAUCGUCUUCCACUAGCAACACUAUCUCCCGAGCUUCCUAGUAACUACCCCGAGACAUCGAUCAAGAUAAUAAGUAGUAAGUCUUCAUAGUUUCAGUGACUUUGUUAUUUUUUUCUCUUCUCACUGCAAACCAUGACCAUCUUCACUUUCACCUUCUUAAAACUCUUCUUCCUCCUCCUACUACACUUCUCCACACGCCUCCAAGCCUACACCUCAGAGGAAGUUUUCACCAUCAAUUGCGGCACCACCGGAAACUCCUCCGACGGUCAAAGAACCUGGACCGGCGACAUCGACACAAAGUACUUAUCUUCCCAAGACUCCACCGUUUCAGACAAGGCCUCAACACAAUCUCCUUCAACCAAUCAAGUCCCCUUCUCCACUGCACGAUUGUCCCGUUCCCAAUUCAAUUACUCCUUCCCUGUCUCCCCAGGUACCAAAUUCCUUCGCCUCUUCUUCUACCCUACAGACUACCCUUCAUUUCCCCGCACCCACGCAUCCUUCUCCGUUCAAUCCAACCGAUUUACUCUCCUUAACGAUUUCAACGCCUCUCUUAACGCCGACGCUCAAGCCACGGACACUAUCUUCAAGGAAUACGUGGUCAACGUCAACGACGGUGAGAGGCUUAUCCUCACCUUCACUUCCUCCCAUCCAAACUCUUACGCUUUCAUCAAUGGAAUCGAGGUACUUUCCAUGCCAACCGAUUUAUAUUACACACCAGCAAAUGACACAGGCUUCACGUUCAUCGAAAGUAGCACGCUGUACAGCGUUGGAACCAGCUCUGCUCUUCAGACUGAGUAUAGAAUCAAAGCCGGAGGACAAGAAAUCUCGCCAUAUAACGACAGCGGUUUGUUCAGGGAUUGGGCUGCCGAAGAACGUUACUUUAUCAAAGGCAAUCCAAAGAAUGAUGAUCUACCAGCUGACAUGGAUGGGAAAAUGAACAUAACCGUGAAUCCCGAUUACUUGGCACCAAAGGAACUGUUCAGAACAGCGCGUAGCAUGGGCAGAAACGCCACUCUGAACAGAAUGAGCAACCUCACUUGGGAGUUCCCCGUUGAUUGUGGCUUCACUUACGUUAUCAGACUCCACUUUUGCGAGCUUGAUCCCAAUAUUAAUGACAUCGGUGGCAGGAAGUUUUGCAUUUACAUUGCGAGUCAUUUCGCUGAAACAGGUGCAGAUGUAAUGAAAUGGAGUCAGAAACAAAAAGGUCUAGCUGUGCAUAAAAACUAUGCUAUUUUGAUUCCCAAGAAUGAUGCUCAGAAAAAGUUUAAUCUCUCGCUUCAAAUGCAUCCUUACGAAAGCAGUGUGGAUACGAGAUACAGCGACGCCUUCCUGAACGGUCUCGAGAUCUUCAAAAUCAGUGAUUCGAACAACCUAGCCGGACCCAACCCGGAACCGGUUCAGACUCCACAGAACAACGUUCCCAGCCAAAACGGAAAGACCAGCAGCAGAAGCACAACUAUUAUAGGCGCCAUAGCAGGGGUGGUGUCAGGCAUCGUUUUGAUCUCGCUAAUCGUUUUCCUUGUCGUGUUUUUCAGACGCAAGAGAACCACAAAGCCAAAAGAUUACAACAAGUCAAAGUCUUCUGUGACUUCCAAGUGGGGUCCACUGUCCUUCAAAACGACCAAGUCAACCACCACGAAUUCCUCUCUACCGUCCGAUCUCUGCCGCCACUUCUCCCUGACGGAGAUCAAAGCCGCCACCAACAACUUCGACGACGUUUUCAUCGUCGGCGUCGGGGGAUUCGGUCACGUGUACAAGGGUUACAUCGACGGCGGUUUCACCCCGGUAGCAAUCAAGCGCCUGAAACCGGGUUCGCAGCAGGGUGCGCACGAAUUCUUGAACGAGAUCGAGAUGCUAUCGCAGCUCCGCCAUCUUCAUCUGGUCUCCCUAAUCGGAUACUGCAACGAGAUGAACGAGAUGAUACUGGUUUACGACUUCAUGGCGCGCGGCACCCUACGCGACCAUCUCUACAACACGGACAACUCCGUUAUCUCGUGGAAGCAGCGCUUGCAGAUCUGUAGCGGCGCGGCGCGAGGGCUGCACUAUCUCCACACAGGCGGGAAGCACACGAUCAUCCACCGCGACGUGAAAACAACGAACAUCUUGUUAGAUGAUAAGUGGGUGGCGAAGGUUUCGGACUUCGGGCUUUCAAGAAUCGGGCCAACAGGCACGGACAAGUCCCACGUGAGUACCCAUGUGAAGGGAAGCUUUGGCUACAUAGAUCCCGAGUACUACAAACGAUUUCGUUUAACGGAAAAGUCUGAUGUUUACUCUUUCGGGGUUGUGCUGUUUGAGAUACUGUGUGGUCGUCCAGCUUUGAUUCACAGUGCAGAGACGCAGCAGGUAUCGCUUUCUAACUGGGUGAGACAUUGUGACCAAAAUGGGACCAUACCAGAGAUUGUGGACCCCACGUUGAAGAAGAAGAUUGCACCGGAGUGCCUGAAAACGUUUUGUCAGAUUGGAAUGAGUUGUUUGUUGGAAGAUGGGACGAAGAGGCCGUCCAUGAAGGACGUGGUUGCGAUGUUGGAGUUUACGCUGCGGCUACAAGAAAGUGCAGAGCAACACGCGUCUGAAAAAGGAGAGGAAAUUAGUGCGGAUAGCUUUUCUACUACUGACAUGUAUGUCACUACUACGACUACCACCAGUGAAGAUAAUAACUAUAGUAAUAAUACGGUGUCGUCUUGGACUCCUUUCUCCGAAAUUAUGGAUCCAAAGCCGCGUUGACCAAUCCAGUUAACGCAGACCUCUCCAAAUGCUGGCCUAAUAAAACCAAAACGACCGCGAUAUUCCAACAACGUAUUUUUAACACUUUUUUGACAACGUCACGUGUCGUUGUUUGAUUGAUUUGUUUUAAAAAUAAUAUUUUUUAAAACCUACGAAACGGAAGUCCGUAACCUUUAUUUUUAGUGAAAAUCCGAAAAUAGCCUUUUCUCUGUUCCAUUGGAAACGAAGGUCCGUUCUCUUGAAAGGUCGAAGGUCACGUUUCGUGCCGCUUCACUUUGUUCUCUGUGCGUGGUGUUGUCUCCGUCCAGUUUCGUCUCCUGUUAUCGUGCGGAAUGGGAAGUUUCGUUGACCAUUGUCCGACGACGAAGGUAAGUGGUUUUCCAUUCCAUGUCGUAGCUUGGUUAUUCGGUUUGGGCAUGUCGUAGCAUGCUUAUUUGGUUUGGGUUAAGGUUUGGGUUGAGUGUUCGUCACUCUUUUUCGACAAAGUAUAUAUGUACUUUGAACGAACGCUUGACAGACGAGCAUCGGUCAUUGAUUGCGUGCCUUAGAGGAACAAGAAUUUCUAAUUGAAGAACUUAAAAGGAGGGUUGGAAGUUUGGAGGCACAAUUGGCUGAAGAGAAGGCAAGAAGGCAAAAUAAAGAUGACGUUCGACAAAGUGUGCCUCGUACAGAACCAUCCGUGAACACUGGUUUUGUAUCCCCUACUGACAUUGACGGAAAUGAACAACCUUUGAAGACGUAUGUUAGGGUUGGAUCACGAAGGCGUUACAAGGGAAGAGCACUUAGGACUUCAUACACCGGAACCAUAGUGCUUAGAAUAAAAAAUGAGUGAUAUGUGUAUUUAGUUGAUGGAAAAUGUUAUUUGGAAAGUAAUGAUAAUUGUAAUCAUUGUCAAUAGAUUAAGAAAACAAUGUUUAAUGUAUCCGAUUUAGUUCAAUGAAAUA